AUGUUGAAAAGACAAAGAGAAACAAGUUCAGAACCCGCUGUUAAGCAAAGAAGGUUGGAACAGAGGCUUCCCUCCUUACCAGUACAUGGAAAAAGACCUAUACUGAAGGCAGGACUGUCAUGGACAGUCAAAGGAAAGGAUGAAGGCGCCCAAGGGUCUUUCCUGUUUGACACCGGUUGUACAGGAGCAAUCCUCAACCAGAGUUUUGUCAGGAAGCAUGGAAUUCCUUUAGUGCGGCGGGAUCAACCUCUGACAAUGUUUGAUGCUCAAGGAGAUGUCAUGAUGGGAGGAGGCGAGUAUUACACUCACCCGGUCCGCUUGAUUAUGGGAGAUCAUAAAGAGACACUCCGAUGGGAAGUGGCUACUUUGGAAGAAGGAAUGACCGGUUACCUGCCAAUUAGUUGGGCGAGGAAGCAUAACCCGGACAUCAAUUGGGAACUCAACACCAUGAGCUGGAUGUGA